GGGGAAUUACCGCGCGCUGUUCACUAAACGUAGCAAAGACAAUGUGAGGGUUGCCAUUCGUGUAAAACAGUAAAUAACUACCGAUGACGUAAUCAUCAUCUAGACUCCCCUACCCCGCAUGUCAUCCAAAAUAAGCAAAGCAAAGCACGUAAUACUUGAACGGCCUCUAAGUUCCACUUCAAAAAUUCUCAUUCUCAUCGUAAAGUUAAAAAAGCUCGCACGGAAAACUUUUGGGAACCACCGUUCCCGAUUUAAGCCACCCAAUUCGAGCUGAGCAAAGAGGGGGACGCCCUCCCCUGAAUCUCCUUAGCGUCGGGACGUAGAGCGUCCCGACGAUCUGUAGCUAAUAGGACAGCGUCGACCUCUGAUCGUUCAUAGGCAAAGGUAGGUACCGAUUCGCGCUACCCCCUAAUACGCUAAGGGUAAGAGAACGGUGGUUGUGACAGUGACUCGUGCGGUAACACGCGGGGGGUGGCUAAGUGUACGGGGGGAGGGGGAUGACCGUAUAUGGCAGUGCGGCUUGCGCAGAGUGGUGGUAAGUUGUUACUGAUCACCGUAUAAGGUGGGACAAGUGAAAUACACUUGUUAGAAUUGUUUUUGCUGAUAAGAUUAGUUGUGAGUCAUUCUUAUCUGAAAUUGUGUUGAUUUGUGGUUCAGUGAUUUCAACAAUUGCUUUGUCCUAUUCUUUUCCGAGACACAAUAUCUUAAUUGGUUUUCGAGUGCGUUGUGCUAGAAUUCACAUAAAAAUUAAUGAGGCCUUUCGUCUUCUUCGUACUAAGCCAGUCUACCAAAGCCCUCCAUCAUGGACGCGAUCAAGAAGAAGAUGCAAGCGAUGAAGCUUGAAAAGGACAACGCGGCCGACAAGGCCGACGCGAUGGAGGGUCAACUGAAGGACGCGACCGCCAGAUGCGAAAAGAUCCAGGAGGAGGUUCAGGACCUCACCAAAAAACUCAGCCAGGUCGAGAACGACCUCGUCUUCAACAAACAGCAGCUCGAGAACGCCAACAAGGAGCUGGACAACAAAGAAAAGCUCCUCACGCAGGCUGAAUCAGAAGUAGCUGCACUGAAUCGUAAAGUCCAACUGAUUGAAGAAGAUUUGGAACGCUCUGAGGAACGUUUGGCCACAGCUACCACAAAACUUGCAGAAGCUUCCCAAGCAGCCGAUGAAAGCUCACGUAUGUGCAAAGUAUUGGAGAACAGGUCCCAGCAAGAUGAGGAACGUAUGGACCAACUGACCAACCAGCUGAAGGAAGCCCGUCUAUUGGCUGAAGACGCCGACAACAAAUCUGAUGAAGUAUCCCGCAAGCUGGCCUUCGUUGAAGACGAGCUGGAAGUAGCUGAAGAUCGUGUCAAGGGUGGAGAUGCCAAGAUCAUGGAACUGGAAGAGGAAUUGAAAGUCGUAGGAAACUCACUGAAAUCUUUGGAAGUAUCCGAGGAGAAGGCCAACCAGCGUGUAGAAGAGUUCAAGAAGCAAUUGAAGAGUCUCACUGUCAAGCUGAAGGAGGCUGAGGCACGUGCUGAAUAUGCUGAGAAGACCGUCAAGAAACUCCAGAAGGAAGUUGACAGGCUUGAAGAUUUCGUGCUGAGGGAAAAGAACAAAUAUAUGGGCAUUGUGACAGAGAUAGACAAAACCUUUGUCGAAAUGUCCUCGCUUGGACAAAAGAAAUAAAUUGCCGAUAUAUCAUUUACUAUUUACUAACUUCCUGUGUUGAUAUAAUUUGUUUGUAUUUCGAUUUGCCACUGGAUUUGUACAACGUUCGUUGCUUAAUUCAGUGUUACCGUAUUUAAAAAAAUACACUUGGACCUUAACUUCCUAUUAUUUAACCGUUUCUUUUUAUUAAUUAUUUCUAACUGGUUGAUGUCAUAUAAAAAUCGUUUCUUGCUUAUUCUCGAGAAAUACAUUAGCAUAGAGUCUUCAAUGUAUUCUACGAAUUAAUUCGAAUUUACAGAAAAGAUUCUAUUAUAUCAACACACCCCUUAUAUAUUGUAUUAUUCUGUAUAUACUUGUCACUUUCAAUGCUUUGUAAUUAUAUAUUUUGUACUUAGAAGAAUGCUUGUAGUUUAGGCUUAAUGCAAACUAACUUAUUUUGACAGCUUAUGCUUAUAUUUGCCGCUUAAGGAAAGCUCAAGAUGAACUUGGCAUCAACAAAGACAGAUACAAGUCCCUGGCCGAUGAGAUGGACUCCACCUUCGCUGAACUGGCUGGUUAUUAAUUCUUUCAAAAUAAUCUUGAAUACCUUAAGCAUCCAUCAUACUGUCCAGGAACGGUACCACUGCAAUUUCCUGGUUUAAAAUGUAAUAUAUUGUAUUUCAGCAUCGUUAUAUCUACUAUAUUGUAUGAGAACAUAUGUGACAUUAUUCUAGGUUAUAUUGUUUUUGGAAAAGCCAUUAAAAGUAAAUAUAAAUGCAUUGUAUUUAUUGUUUACUAUCUCGCUUCGGUUUUGUCUAAUAAAAUUAUUUUUAUUUGUUGAA